CAGAAGAGUACGAAGCNGUUUCCACAGCCAAGCGGAAGGCAGAGGCAGAGCGCGACAACGUGCAGCAGCAGCUACGUGCAACCAAAGGAGGAGCUAGAUUCUCUUCGGCAACGGGUUGAGACGCGACGCGCGCAGAUCUCCGGGCUGUCCCCGUCAAACAAGCCGAUGGCGGCGGGCUCUACAGGGCACGUGCAGUCCUCCCCGCAUAAGGCGGCGUCCCCUCUAUACACCGUGACUGCAGAAGAGUACGAAGCUGUUUCCACAGCCAAGCGGAAGGCAGAGGCAGAGCGCGACAACGUGCAGCAGCAGCUACGUGCCACCAAAGAGGAGCUGGAUUCUCUUGGUGAUGAGCUGGAAGUUGAGAAGCGGAAUGCGUUUGAAUUGUUCACCGCUGGUGCGGAUAUGAAAAACCUGGCAGGACGUGAUGGUGUUAUCCGUUGUCAAUCUCCAGUACAGGGGUCGACAGGAGAUGAGGGCACGGUGUUGUUUUCAAUGUCGCAGGCAUCAGGGUGUUCUCCUUGUUUAAGUAAAUCUGGUGCAAAAGAUGGUUGCACGCGUUUCCAGCCCGUAAGGUGGACACGGUACUGUUAUAGGUUGGGUACAGGUUGGGCCCGUCUUGUAAGUCAGUACCGCCAGCUAGUUGGGGAUGUUCUUUUAUUAGAGAUCUCCCGUGCAACCUGCCUUCCUUGUGAUUACAUUCGUCAUGUUGAGUUUGCUCCUGGGGGCUUGUCAGCCGAAUUUGAGGUGGGGAAAACUAAAGAAUUUCUGGACGUUGACGGUUGUUUGAGGCGUUACUCGUUUGGCACGUUAUCUGCAUUGAUGGAACUUAGUUGCAGUGGAGUCAGGCAGACGUCUUUUGCGUCUGAAAAUGGAGUGGAUGCGGUAAAUAAAUCACCGAUGCAAUCGACUGAGAGAACGCAGUCACGUUCCCCAAUCGCGCCGAUAAGGUUGGAAAGCUUUAAUGUUGGCUUUCCGAUGAAAGAGUUGGAAGUGUUUCGCAGUCGACGUGCCCUCGCCAUUCGUAUUCGUUGGUUGGAGGAUACGCUUCAGCCCUCGUAUGGUUUAUCAAGAGGCCUUGAUCCAUCUUCUCCAGUGGAUCCAUAUGAACUUCAACGCGAACCCAUUUAUUGUGUAACCAUAGAUGAGUACCGUGCCGUACUGCGGCAGUAUGCCGCUGUCUGUUGCAGCAAGGCGGGCGAUGAGGACAAUGAUAAUGGCACACGGCUGUGGAAUGAGCAUGUGGUUGCCAGGGCUGAGGAAGAGCGGCGGUUCACGCAGCAGCUGGGUCAGUCAGACCCUUGUUAUGUGUACCACAGUGAUAGUAGCAGGAAUAACAAACUUUGCAAAAGAAAUAACGGAACGUAG